GGAUGAGGUGAGGGAUGUUGCUACUCUCCUGCUGCUUCUGCUGCCGCGUGGACACAACUCUGCAGGCUUGGAAGUACAGGACCGGCCCCAUCCACGCUUGGGGUGGUGCUGAUCUGGGAUGUUGAGUGGGACUUCUUCCUGCGAACGGCAGAGGAAGAAAUCAGGUGUGAACAUGGAGGCCUUUUCUGCUGAGUCACGAGGACGACAUCACGUGGGAAAAUGACAAUAAAACAGGUUACAUCCGGCCUCACAUCAUCCUGACGCUUCCUCCUCCUCCUCCCCCUGAUCCCAUCUCCUGGUGGACAUUUUAUACUUCAUAUUUUGGAUUAUAAAAGUUUUUCAGAAGAUUCAGGGAUAAUAAUUCUCCUCCUGGACGUGAUGACAAACCUCUUAGCCUCAGUCUUCAACCUCCAUCUGACCUGAGAUUAACUACCUGCCUGUUUCUGGUGGAACUGCACCUUGCCAGACGUCCCCCAUCCUUAUCAUAGUGAGGCAUUAUGGGUGACGGGAGCUGGGUGUGUCUGAGCCCGGCUGAGUUUAAACAGCUCCAACAGUACAGUGAAUACUCCACAAAAAAGUUAAAGGAUGUUCUGGAGGAAUUCCAUGGCGAAGGUGUGCUCUCCAAAUACAAUCCUGAACAGCAGCGCGAUGUUCUCGACAAACCAAUCGACUACGAGGGCUUCCGUCUCUUCAUGGCCACCUACCUGGAGAACGACAUCCCAGAAGAGCUGUGUCAGCACCUCUUCACCUCUUUCAAGAGCAAGACGGGAGCUGCCUCGCCUGACCGUUGUCGAGCAGCAGGAAGCUUACUGGAGUCCUGCUCCAUUGAUGCUGGUAUCUCUAUUCACACAGAGGUGGCCUGUGCCCCCAUCACAGGCAUGAAUGGUAAGAGCAUCCUGUCGGCGAUGGGUCGACACACGCCAGAGCUUGCCUGCGGCACUGGGCCCACCACCUCUCCUUGUUCAUCUGGCUCCUCCUCGCAGCGGUCUAGAACCGGGGCCCACACACCCAGGGGGCCCCACCGCUCUCCGUGCAUCCAGGUCAAGCCCUUCCAGAGCAGCAAUAAUGCCCUGACCCCCAAUGCUGGCCCAGCUCAGUUGCCAGUAUCACCCCUGAAACGCUCACAAGAGAAAAGCCACUCGGAGAAGCAAUUGCUGCGGAGCAGCCCGUCGCCACACAAAGGAUCCCCCCAGUCAGUGCCACAGGUGGUCUUCCUGAAGGAUAUCGUCUGCUACCUUUCCCUGCUGGAGCGCGGCACGCCGGAGGACAAGCUGGAGUUCAUGUUCCGGCUGUACGACACGGAUGGCAACGGCGUCUUGGACAGUUCGGAGCUGGACCGCAUCAUCAAUCAGAUGGUACACGUUGCCGAGUAUCUGGAGUGGGACUCGACAGAGCUACAGCCGAUUCUGAAGGAAAUGAUGGAGGAGAUCGACUACGAUCGAGAUGGCACUGUCACCCUGGAAGAGUGGAUCCGAGGAGGCCUGACCACCAUCCCCUUACUGGUUCUGCUCGGCAUGGACACUAAUGUUCAGGAGGACGGCCAGCACGUGUGGCGCCUAAAGCACUUCAACAAACCGGCCUACUGUAACUUUUGUCACACCAUGCUACUGGGUGUGCGCAAGCAGGGCCUCUGCUGCUCCUUAUGCAAAUACACGGUGCACGAGCGUUGUGUGUCCAAAGACAUCGCCGCCUGCAUCAGCACCUACGCCAAGUCUCGCAGGCACACCAACGCUAUGCAGCAUGUAUGGAUGGAGGGAAACUCCCCUACCAAAUGUGACCGAUGCCACCGGAGCAUCAAAUGUUACCAGGGCCUGACCGGCCUCCACUGUGUGUGGUGCCAGAUCACUCUUCACAAUAAAUGCGCAUCCCAUGUGAAGCCAGAGUGUGACGGCGGAGCCUUGAGGGACCAUACUCUGCUACCCUCCUACAUUUGUCCCGUCGUCCUGGACCGCCAGUCGGUGAAACGCGGCGAGGGCGAAUCGCCUCCCUGCACCAGUCCGGACGACAUCAACCACAUGUUUAAAUUCUCCCCAGGAGAUGGACAAGCACUUCAGAUCUCGCCCUUACCAGGCACUCAUCCUCUGCUGGUGCUGGUCAAUCCCAAAAGUGGCGGAAGACAGGGGGAACGGGUUCUCAGGAAGUUCCGGUACCUUCUUAACCCACGGCAGGUGCAUAGUUUGGAUCAAGGUGGCCCAGCACUCAGGCUCAACUUUUUUUACGACGUCCCUGAUUUCCGAGUGCUUGCAUGCGGCGGGGACGGCACCGUCGGUUGGAUCCUGGACUGUAUAGACAAGGCCAACUUCGCCCGGCACCCCCCUGUAGCCAUCCUGCCACUGGGGACAGGCAACGACCUGGCACGCUGCCUCCGCUGGGGGGGAGGAUACGAGGGGGGCAGCUUGCUGAAGUUCCUGCGCGACAUUGAGCAUAGCAUCGAGGUGGUGUUGGACCGCUGGAACAUCGAUAUUGUGCCUGAUGACAAGGAGGAGAAGGGUGACCCGGUACCCUACAACAUCGUCAACAACUACUUUUCUAUCGGUGUGGACGCCUCCAUCGCCCAUCGCUUCCAUCUGAUGAGGGAGAAGCACCCGGAGAAGUUCAACAGCAGAAUGAAGAACAAGCUAUGGUACUUUGAGUUCGGCACCACCGAGACCAUUGCAGCGACCUGCAAGAAGCUCAACGAGUGCAUUGAGGUUGAGUGCGACGGCAUCAUAUUGGACCUGAGCAAUACCUCCUUGGAGGGCAUCGCUGUGCUCAACAUUCCCAGCAUGCACGGCGGCUCCAACCUGUGGGGUGAGACCAAGAGGCGGCGGAACUACAACCGUAUGAGCAAGAAGGUUCCCGAAAGGAUCCCAAGCAAUACCGUCACCGACCCCAAAGGGCUCAAGUUUUGCAUGCAAGACUUUAGCGACCAGCUGCUGGAGGUGGUGGGCCUGGAGGGCGCCAUCGAGAUGGGUCAAAUCUACACGGGGCUGAAGAGCGCCGGGCGCCGCCUUGCCCAGUGCGCCAACGUCAUCAUCAGGACAUCCCGUAGGCUGCCCAUGCAGAUUGAUGGCGAGCCCUGGAUGCAGCCACCAUGCACGAUCAGGAUCACCCACAAGAACCAGGUUCCUAUGCUGCUGGGUCCACCCCAGAAGACACCCUUCUUUUUUUUCAAGAAGCGCAACCGCAGUCAGGACUAGAACAUGCGUGUGUACACAUCCAGAGUUGACUAACAACACAAUCAUGAUUAAAAAAGAAACACACACACACACACACACACACACACACACACACACACACA